AUAAUCAGUCUGUAUUUGCGCACGUCUACUUCGUCAGAAAUGGGGCGGAUCCUCUGGGAGGAGGAGGCAACGCUGAUGUCGCGCAUGGCGUGUUCAACCUGAUCUCGCACGCUCCCCGGCCGAAGGCGAAGAAGACCAAGAACCUGAUAACAGGCGACAUGUCGGAGAGAGAUCAGGAAAUCAUGGCGGCCAACGCCAAGCUCAACAUCACAGAGGAGCGAGAGAAUGAGAUUAUCCCUAUGUGGAAGCCAGAGAUCUACAUCGACAUUGUUGAGGAGACGUCCGUCUUUCCUGGCAACGGAAUUCCACAGCCGAUGCUCGACCAUAUGAAGUUUGACUCGGAUGGAAGCUACUUUCCCAUCAUGCAUCUCAACGAGUUCUGGUUGACCAAGGGGAUGAUGAUCCACGUGAACGAGACAGUCGAUCACCUUCCUCUCGUCCUCCACUUCCGGUGUCAAGGUCGCUUCACAUGGCUCAUGGUCAUCCAGUGGGGAACUUCAAUGCAGCAGCAGCGAAGCAUCGGCACAGCAUCGGAGGGCGAUCAUGACGAGCUCAAGAGGAUUCUGCUCGAGAGCAACCCCUACCUCCUCGCCAUCACCGGGAUAGUGUCCCUCCUCCACACCGUCUUCGAUUUCCUCGCGUUCAAGAAUGACAUCUCAUUCUGGAGGAAGGUGGACUCGAUGCAGGGGCUCUCAGUCAGGAGCAUCUUCACCAACAUCAUCACGCAGACGAUCAUAUUCCUCUACCUGCUCGACAACGACACGUCGUGGCUGAUCCUCCUUUCUUCGGGCGUUGGGCUUCUGAUCGAAAUCUGGAAGGUGAAGAAGGCAAUGAAUGUACUAGUUCUGCCCCAGAUCGCUAUGAAAUAUCUCUCUUACGUGCUCUACCCGCUCUCCCUCGGUUUCUCCAUCUACAGUUUGAUGUACAACCAGCACAAGAGCUGGUGGUCUUGGAUCCUUUCAUCGGCCGUUGGUUGCGUUUAUACAUUCGGCUUCAUCAUGAUGACGCCGCAGCUCUUCAUCAACUAUAAGCUCAAGAGCGUCGCGCACUUGCCUUGGAGAGCGAUGAUUUACAAAUUUCUCAACACAAUCAUCGAUGAUCUUUUCGCCUUUGUGAUCAAAAUGCCAACUCUGCACAGACUUUCUGUCUUCAGAGACGACCUUAUCUUCUUGAUCUACUUGUAUCAGCGAUGGACAUACAGGGUAGACAAGAAACGACCCAACGGAGAGAGGAAAGGGUUCUCAGGGAGACAUGAAGACAAACAAGCAGGCAUGUCGGCGGGUUGA